UCGAGCUCCUUAUUCCCUUGUGUGGAGGCUGCUGCCAGCAGGCGCCUUCCUGCGCUCCGUCCUCUACAUGCAGAUACCUCCGGGGGUGCCCGGCUACCACACAGGCCGCUCGCGGAGAAGGGGGCACAGCUCUUCAGGUCGCUGUAUAGUUUUAUCCAUAGAGAGAAGGCGCCCUCUGUGCCAGCAUGCUGUGCUAUGUGACGAGACCGGACUCGGUGGUCAUGGAGGUGGUGGUGGAUGCCAAGGCUAAUGGGGAGGACUGCCUCAAUCAGGUUUGUGAACGACUGGGCAUUAUUGAAGUGGAUUACUUUGGCUUACAGUUCAUUGGAAGUAAAGGAGAAAGUCUAUGGCUGAAUCUGCGAAACCGAAUAUCCCAGCAGAUGGAUGGGCUGGCUCCCUUCAGGAUGAAGCUAAGAGUCAAGUUCUUUGUGGAGCCCCAUCUCAUUCUUCAAGAGCAGACCAGGCACAUGUAUUUCUUGCACAUAAAGGAUGAUCUCCUGGCUGGUCGUCUGCAGUGCUCCCCAGAGCAAGCAGUAGAGCUGAGUGCAUUGAUCGCCCAGUUAGAGUAUGGAGAUUAUAAUCAGAACACUGCCCGAUACCAAAAUCUCUGUGCAAAGGAGCUUGAAACGACGACAUUAGAAAGUAUUAUUGAAAAGCACAAAGGCUUGGAAGGACUAAGCCAGGCAUCGGCGGAGUACCAGGUUCUUCAGAUCAUAUCCACGCUGGAAAACUACGGGGUGGAGUGGCAUUCCGUACGAGACUCGGAAGGACAAAAGCUUGUAAUAGGAAUAGGCCCUGAAGGUGUAUCCAUUUGCAAAGAAGACUUCAGUCCAAUGAAUAGGAUUACAUACCCUGUUAUCCAGAUGGCAACACAGUCGGGAAAGAAUGUAUACUUAACAAUAACCAAGGAGUCUGGAAAUAGUUUGGUCCUCCUUUUUAAAGUGAUCAGCACCAGAGCAGCCAGCGGCCUUUACAGGGCAAUCACCGAAACGCAUGCGUUUUACAGGUGUGACACAGUGACCAGCGCUGUUAUGAUGCAGUACAGCCGAGAUCUUAAAGGACAUUUGGCUUCGUUAUUUUUAAAUGAUAAUAUCAAUGUUGGCAAGAAAUAUGUGUUUGACAUUAAAAGGACAUCAAAGGAGGUUUACGACCAUGCACGAAGAGCCUUGUACAAUGCUGGCAUUAUGGAUCUGUACCCAAGGAAUGACCAUAGUGGGCAGGGUUCCCCCCUUAAGACCUCUGAAAGUACUCUUAACUGUAACAGCUGCGAGAGCCUCAGCUGUCAGCAAACAAAGGCGCUGCAGGAGAAGCUGAGGAAACUGAAGGAAGCCAUGCUGUGCAUGGUGUGCUGUGAAGAGGAAAUUAAUUCUGCCUUCUGCCCAUGUGGGCAUAUGGUGUGCUGCGAGGGAUGUGCCACCCAAUUACAGUCUUGUCCAGUUUGCCGGGCUUCGGUGGAUCACGUUCAGCACGUUUAUUUGCCAACACACACAAGCUUGUUAAAUCUGACUGUUAUUUAAGAAGAAAAACAUCGUGAAGCCUUGGACACUUUAUUAAUAAAAAAAACUGUAUCCAUGUAUAUUACCAUAAACUACACUCCAAAAUGCUACAGCCAUUGAAUUUGCUACAACUAAAGAGGAGAGAAGAUGCAUCUUUCUGCUGGAAGACACCUGGAAACCAGGAUUCUUCCAUUUGUUUGCCAUGUAACUGAUCUGAUAGCAGGAUGGACGAGUCCUUUCUUCUAUUAUCAGACCUUUAUUUUAUAUAAGCCACUGUUAUGCCAAAUGCAGCACAGUCCUGUUCCAAACUCGCUCCGACGGUGGCAGUUAAGUUUUUUUAGGGUUUUUAAAUAGGUGGGUUUUAAAUUAAAGCCAUUUCCUUGCCGCUAGUUCUUGGGCUGUCUUCACAUUGGCGACAUAGCUCUCCGUCAUAGAUUGCUGGGAAUCGGCCGGACAUAAACCGCUGAGUGCGGCAUUUUGUGUCCGGCCAGGCCCCAUUAUAGUCAAUGGGACCGGUGGGCAUUUCGGUAACUUCCAGCACUGCCGGAUCCGGGGAAGCCGUGCCUCCAAUGUGUAAGUAGUCUUAGAUUGUUAACUAAAUGUUAGUGUACCAGUCUUCUACACGAUGGCGCAGCCAUGAUUAUUCAUAAAUUCACUAGAAACUUGUGUAAAAGCCAAAAAGGGCAAAUCAAGUGAUGCUGCUAUAUCCUGGUGAAUUAAGAACUGAUGGGUCAUGGAUACACUGUUAAAGGGCUAGGCAUGCAGAGUAAACCGGAAUCUGGAAAUUCUAGGCAAUUUUUUUUCCCUCUCUUUCCCUUUUUUGAGAAGUAUGAAUCUGUUUAUAAUUACAAGGCUACUUGGUUUUGUGAAGCGAAACAGAGGAAGAAAAAAACCUAUUAGAAGAAUAAUUUACAGUACUUUUACUCUGCCACCUUGUCCUUGAACAACCCACUAGUUGUUCUUUUUAGGUUAGAAGUUUGUCUUACAUUUUAUUUGCUUACAUUCGAUAUAUUUUAUUUAUUUGAUUCCUGUAGUGAUAUCCCUUUAAAUCAGUGUUAGAUGCUGUUCUUAAUUUAUGCUUCUUAGUGUUCUUGUCCUCAUUUCUUUUUUUUUUUAUACUAUGGAUACAUAGCUUUAUGUGCUCCAUUAAUACUAUUUUUAAGUGCGAGAUAUACAGCCUUUGAAUCCAGGUCAAGGGGCACAAAUUACUGGGUGCUGGCUCAGAAUUCUCUGUAGGUUUUUAGGGAUGUUAGUUUUGCUUAGACUAUCAGGUUCAGUAUGUGUCCUUUUUUAUGUUUUUGCAUGUGUAGUAUUUUUAGCUUCUGUAUACCCUGUUCACAGUUCUCCUCGGGCAUUAUGGUCACCUAGGGUGUUCACUAUACAUGUGUAGUAUGCAGGGUUUUCACCCUCUAAUGUCCCAUUUAACAAUCUGGUAAUCUACUCAGUUCUAAUGAGUCAGGUGGAAGCUACACAGAUAUAGUAAAAGCCAAGGUAGCCAUUUUGGUGCAAUACCCUGCGAAUCUAAAGCUGGGAAAAUGACCUCUGUCACUUUAUGGAAAGAUGUUCUUUCUAUACCUUUUCUUAUUGCCUUAAUGUAGCAGUAAUUUGUUUAUGCAUUUUGUUUCUUUGCACAGACAUUUUUGUCAAAAAUUAGAAAAUUUGCUCUACUUUUUUAUGGCACAUUGAUGUAUAGCCUCGAAUUCCCAGAAGUAUUUAUUUUUUCACUUUGUAAAAUAUGUAUUUUGCUUCCACAUUCAACACUGGAGUCAUUUCCCGACUAGUGUGGUAGACAAUAUCUUUUAUAUCUAGUUAAAUAAAAGACUUCUGAAAAUA